AUGCAAAGAAAAGGAAAUAAGAUUGAUGUUAAAGAAAUGGGAUUUGAAAGUUUCUAUGAUCUGAAAACAUUAUUUAGCGCCAUGGGCCUUAACAUUGCUGAAAAUGUUGAUGGUAAUGAAUUUAAAAUAAAUGAAGUUAAGAUUUUUGAUUUUCAGAAAGGAAGUAAAUUAAUUCGCUAUAAAACUAGCUAUGGGCAAGCUGAAUGGUCUUCUUUAAAUUUCAAAGUUAAAAGAAGACGGUCCGAACUACAAGACAUUAAAAAUCUUAUACUUAAAAAAGCUUACUCAAAGCCUUUGCAGUUAUCCGAAAAUAAAAAAGGGAUAUAA